GUAAAAUAGUGCCCUGCAGACUGACAGACACAAUCGGCAAUGACAGCGGCGGUGGCUCGCCGUUGAUGCUCUCCGCUUGCUGCAUGUGGCCUUUGAACUCAUUGUUGUGUCGCGGAUGACGUCAGUGCCGUGUGCUGGAGACGGAGCGGCGUGCGCCUGGCGAGACAAAGGCGGAGGACCGACCCGGGUCAGGCAGCAGCAGCAGAGAGCCGAGAACCAAUGUGUAUGUGUGUUUUUUUUAACUGAAAACUGCUAACCUUGGAAUUGAGCGACGGUCUCCCUGACGGUACGCAGAAUGAAGACCCAGUGACACUCCCAGGAAUAUGCUUUGACUCUCAAGAAAGAGACAACAACAGAGCUCUCUUUUCGUUUUUAAACGUUUUUCUCCUACGCCCCCCAUUUAGCUUGCUACUAGUUAGCUAACCCGCUAGCGUAGCACAGCGCACAGUACUCCUGACUGCUUCUCAUCUUCCCCUUAAAAAAUUGGGCGACAACAGAAGACAGGAGCUCGUCGACAAGGGCCAGAUAAAUUCAGAAGAGGGUGAGCUCUCUCCCAUCAAACAGGCAUUCGUGAUCUGAUGUGAGAUCCACGGAGAGACAAUGCCUAGCCCUUUAUUCCACCCCGAGAUAAUGGACCACGACGUGGUGAUCAGCAGCCAGCACAACGGGGUUGGUCUGCCCCGAGAGACAGACCAGGAGUCCCGGGAAGAGGACCAUCAUGAUGCGCUCCGCUUCGCCCUGGACCAGCUGUCACUCAUGGCUCUGGAGAAGGUGGACUGUGUUAGCGGAGGCGGCGGGCUUGUCGACACUCUGGAUGGGACCCAGGGUCCGGGCUCCGAGGGUUGCAACGGUGUGGGCUACGUGGAUCUACAGAUGCUGGAGCAUCCAAACGGGUCCCGGGACUCGCCGACGUCCUGCUCCCCAUCCCCGGAGUACUACGGCUCGGGCGGGUACCACAUGGCCACCUCGCACUCCAUGCUCCACGGGGAACAAAGCUCCGUCAUUUGCAACAGGAAAAGAAGUGUCAACAUGACUGAAUGUGUACCUGUCCCCAGCUCUGAGCAUGUGGCUGAAAUAGUGGGGAGACAAGGUUGUAAGAUUAAGGCCUUGCGUGCCAAAACCAACACGUAUAUAAAGACUCCGGUCAGAGGCGAGGAGCCAGUGUUCAUCGUGACGGGACGCAGGGAGGAUGUCGAGAUGGCCAAGCGGGAAAUCGUCUCUGCGGCUGAGCAUUUUUCUAUGAUCCGGGCGUCCCGCUGCAAAGCUGGAGGGCCCGGGGGUGGAGGAGGCAGCACCAGCUCGCUUCCUGGACCACCACACUUACCUGGGCAGACCACCAUACAGGUGAGGGUGCCCUACAGAGUGGUCGGUUUAGUUGUUGGACCAAAGGGAGCAACUAUCAAGCGCAUCCAGCAGCAGACUCACACCUACAUCGUGACACCCAGUCGAGAGAAAGACCCGGUGUUCGAGGUGACCGGCAUGCCGGAGAACGUGGACCGAGCGAGAGAGGAAAUCGAGACCCACAUCACCCUGCGAACUGGAACCUUUGUAGACCUGCAGGGAGACAAUGACUUCCACUCCAACGGCACAGAUGUCAGCCUAGAAGGCCUGGGCGCCCUGAGCGGAGCGCUGGGGUCAUCCCUGUGGUCCAGGGCUAAUGGCCACCAUACGGUCCCCCCUCCUCCUCCUCCUCCUCCACCACACUCCCCACCUCCUCCCCUCCCCAUGUCCAUGCACCACUCCUCCAACCGGAAGACGUCCUCCUCAGUAGCCUAUCACACGCACAACGGCGCGAUGAGCUCAGACAACUUCAGCACCUCUCGCAAGGCCAACGAGGGGGGCAGCCCCACCAGCCCUUUUAGCACAGGCUCCAGCGGUGCUGGAGGAGGGUUUACAUUUGGGGGUGACUCCACCCCAGGGCUGCCCCCCGAUGAGUUGGGCUUUGAGUUCACUGCUGCCAACAUCUGGGCACCUUUCGUCAACGGGGGGACGGGCAAUAAGACGACCGGCUCCUCCCAGCAGCCUCUACGUCGCAACAGCAGUGGCCUCAGCGGCGGCGCCAUCACUCCAAGAUUGUCUCCAACUCUGUCUCAGGACACGGGCGUGGGCCCCCUGGAGCAUCCAUUAGCCCGUCGUGCACAGAGCGACCCCCUCAGCACUCUCUCCUGGCUACAGUCUGGCAACGCAGGAGGCGGCUCCUUCUCCGGAGCGUCCAGCUCCAGCUCCGGCGGCUCGUCGACCGGUUACUCCUCCUGCUCGGCCUCCUCCCUGCCGGGCGGCUCUCCCACUGACUCCGAGGGAGGGGGCAGCGGCAUGGUCCUCAGCUCUGGGAUGCUGAGUCGGCUGAAAGGCGGCUCCGUGUCCGGGGUCGCGGGUCUGGUCGGCGUCAGCCCCGGGAUCAACAGGGACUGUUUUGUGUGUUUCGAGAGCGAAGUGACGGCAGCCCUGGUGCCUUGUGGCCACAACCUGUUCUGCAUGGAGUGCGCCGGGCAAAUCUGCCAGUCCACUGAGCCCGAGUGUCCCGUCUGCCACACCCCAGCCACACAGUGCAUCCGCAUCUUUUCCUAAGGCCUGGCGGGGGGGGCAGGCAGGCACCAGCUGUGGCGGAGGCAAUGGAAGGAUUCACACUAACUCUCACACACAUUUGGACCAUAAUAAAUGCAUAAUAGAGAUGAUGAUACUACACGGAUGUUGAUUUUUUUUUUUUUUUUUUUUGCUGAUAACUGUCAAGAUUAAUCACAAUAAUAAUAAUAAUAAUAAUAAUAUUGACAGAGUUAUUUUCAGAGUGAAGUUAAUUGAAACUGGUCUGCAGUUGAGGCUCAGCCAGUCUCUCGGUGGUGAACUUCUGGAAGGAAACUAGUGUCUUAUCUCUCUUCAGGCCUUCAUUUUGACCGGCAGUCUGCCGGUCCGUCUCGACAUUUCUUCAUCCUGGCUUCCUUAGACCUCCGCCUGCGCGCUCUCUCUCUCUCUCACAGCCAUUCGUUUGACACUUUUGUACUUAACAGAUAUUUUUCGAUGAAGCUGUCAAUGAGGCCUGCACUUUUCUACUCCUUAUUUUAAUGUUGUUGCCAGGACCCCCCUCCCCCCCCCCGGCUUUCUCCUCUUGCUCUCACUCAUGCUGUCGUUUGACAUGAAGCGGCGGGGUCGCUAUUUUUCUGUACGCUCUGAACUUUUUUUAAAUGUGCGCAGUUAGUCAGGCACCUACCGGGAAACAACCUCCUGAGGACGACUCCAUGUUUCCAUCACCAGUAAUGACAAAAGAAUGCUACUAAUAGACACCUCUUACUUCCUGAUCAAACCCCACAACACGAUGGAUGAAUUUGGAUGCCCCACAUAUGAAGUGUGGCCGCCGCAUUGAUUCCCAUUAAUUAUCCUUUUAAUGAGUGAGAAACACACCGUUAGUGAUUCUGUAGGAACAGGUCUGAGGUCAGUUCUCUGUGCGUCUGGGCAGCCUGACAAUCCCUUUACACUUCUCUUGUGUGUGUGUGUGUGUGUGUGUGUCUGUGUGUUGCCCGCUCAUGCCGUUUCCACGUUGGGAUCAUGAUGUGCCCUCGCCAUGAGAGGGCCUGGUUUCUGUCUGCUGUCCCUCUCCUUCGCGUCCCCCUCGCCGUCUCACAGGAGGACUUUGCGCAGAUCCCUCCACACCGGGACCCUUUCCUCCCCCCAUCCCGUCUGUUACUCUCAGAUCGGCUCGUUACGCUCGUUUUCUACUAGUUUUUGACUCUGGACUGUCCAGUGUGUGGCUCGCAGACGUAUUCAGAACUCUAGGAUAAGACAGGGCUUCUCUGGUGUCACAUGUGAAUGUUUGGUCCAAUACGGUUACGGAGCGCCAGCUGCUCCUCCCAUAUGAAACAAUAACAAGGGGCAUGGGUUUUUUUUCUUCUUUUUUUUUUCUCAUCAUCAUGCACUGUAACUCUUAAAAAAAAUAAAUAAGAAAGAAGCGGCUCUUAUUAGUUUGGCUUUUGUGGUUUAGGUCUUCCACCCCGCUCUCACAGCCAAGCUGUAUGGCACUCUCUCAGACGGCCCCCUGGCCCAACGUGGUGCACUAUGUGGUUGGUGGUCUGAGAUUCGUCCUGUUGUUUUCCCAGCAUUACUGAGGAACUCCUGCUAAGGCGGUUGCAUCCUGUUCUGUGUUCUGUGGUUUUUAAAGAAUUCCGUGUGAGUUUGCAGUAACUGCCUCCUAUAGUGUUGAUGCUGUACGUAUGAUUUGGGUGAUGUCGGUGAGAUAGUACACGGUUACCGUUGGGGGGGGCUUUUUAUUUUUAUUUUUUUAAAUGCAUGGAGUCAGCUCAUAGAAUGAGACAAGCCAUGACAAUAGACUUAAAAAUGACGCCUAAUUCCUAAUUCCCAAGGGCUUCCUCUGACCGCACAGACACAUGAUCACAACUUUAGGCUCACGCGCAGUAGGUAGAACUUCUUCUUCUUUUACGGCAGCUAGUCGCUAGGUCAUCCAGGGCUUCCAGACACUCCUUGUGUUCCAAUCCCAGCAGCUGCAGAAUGUUUUGCUUGUGUUUUUUUUUUUAAGUUAUAUAUUUUCUAACUGUC